UCUAAAAUGCAGGCCUCCGACUCUAAAUCUGUGCACCUGAGUGAAUGGCAGAAGAAUUACUUUUCAAUUACAUCCGGUGUGUGUACACCUGGACAGAAUGCUGAUGCAUACCGAGCACAGAUACUGCGCAUUCAGUACGCUUGGGCAAACUCCGAGAUCUCCCAGGUCUGUGCUUCCACACUUUUCAAGAAAUACGCAGAAAAGUACUCUGCAAUUAUUGAUUCUGACAAUGUUGGAACUGGUUUGAAUAACUAUGCAGAAAACAUUUUAUGUUUAGCAAGAUCUCAGCAAACUGACAGUGAAAAGUGGCAAUCUGCAUUGUCAGUACAAAAUGUCUUCAAAAUGAAUGCUGUGCAGGAAAUGAUGCAGGCUGGCAAGAGAGGCAGAGAUACUCUCCUGGCAUCUGCAGAUGCGUCCAUAGUGAUUCAUAAAGAGACUGCUGUCUUUGAUGUUCCUCAACAUAGUGUUUGUGGCAGUACUAGGGAGAAUGGUACAUUAUCUAACUCAGAUCACUAUACAAAUAGGAUCCCAGGCCUCCCAGAGAAUAAUAGUCCUGUUAUGUGCCCUCAGAAUGUCCAGCUACCUAUUGUGACUGAUGCCACUAAGACCUGUCUUGCAUUUUCAAAACCUUCUGGUGAGCCACGCACUGCAAAACUCCAUGCCACACCACUAUUUGGAAAUAUCAAAAAGGAAAAUAAGAGCUCUUCAAAAGCCGAUGUAGGACUAAAUAUGUACUUACCAAGUGAGUCUUGUUUUCCUUUGGACUGUGAAAAUUCACAGAAAAGAAAAGCUUUUUAUGGCUCUGGUAUCAUUGAUGCCCUUUCUACCCCAGUGCCUAAGGUUCUUAGUAAAACAGAAGAUAAUAGCCAGAGGGAGGACAGCAACCUGUCUGCUUUUAAAACUGCAAAAGAGCAACUAUGGAUAGAGCAACAGAAAAAAUUACACCAACCCCAGCAUACAAUAAGGUCUUCAUAUGGUGGAAUAAAAAAGUCUCUGGGGGCUAGUAGAUCCCGAGGGAUAUUUGGGAAGUUUGUUCCUCCUAUACCUAAGCAAGAUGGGGGGGAGCAGAACGGGGGGAUGCAGUGCAAGCCUUGCAGCACAGGAUCUGUAGAACUGGUGCAGCCAAGUGAUGAGCGUCUGAAGAACUUAGAACCAAAGAUGAUUGAACUUAUUAUGAAUGAGAUUAUGGAUCAUGGACCGCCAGUUAAUUGGGAAGAUAUUGCAGGAGUAGAAUUUGCCAAAGCUACAAUAAAGGAGAUAGUUGUGUGGCCUAUGAUGAGGCCAGAUAUUUUUACUGGUUUACGAGGACCUCCCAAAGGGAUUCUACUCUUUGGUCCUCCUGGAACUGGUAAGACUCUAAUUGGCAAGUGCAUUGCUAGUCAGUCUGGGGCAACAUUCUUUAGUAUCUCUGCUUCCUCUCUGACUUCUAAAUGGGUUGGUGAGGGAGAGAAAAUGGUUCGUGCAUUGUUUGCUGUUGCACGGUGUCAGCAACCAGCUGUGAUAUUUAUUGAUGAAAUUGAUUCCCUGUUGUCUCAACGAGGAGAUGGUGAACAUGAAUCUUCUAGAAGGAUAAAAACUGAAUUUUUAGUUCAGUUAGAUGGAGCCACCACGUCUUCUGAAGAUCGUAUUCUAGUGGUGGGAGCAACUAAUCGGCCACAAGAAAUUGAUGAGGCUGCCCGCAGAAGGUUGGUGAAAAGGCUUUAUAUUCCCCUCCCAGAAGCUUCAGCCAGGAAACAGAUAGUAAUUAAUUUGAUGUCCAAGGAGCAGUGUUGCCUCCAGGAAGAGGAAGUUGAGCUCAUUGUACAGCAGUCUAAUGGGUUCUCUGGAGCUGAUAUGACCCAGUUGUGUAGAGAGGCCUCCCUUGGUCCCAUUCGGAGCUUACAGACUACUGACAUUGCCACAAUAACACCAGAUCAAGUUCGACCAAUAGCUUAUAUUGAUUUUGAAAAUGCUUUUAGAACUGUGCGGCCAUCUGUGUCUCCAAAAGAUCUAGAACUUUUUGAAAACUGGAACAAAACUUAUGGCUGUGGGAAGUAAAUUGGGAUACUUGAAAUUCAAAGAUGUUAUCUUUUUGGUGCAGUCUUUUCUACCUUUUAAAAAGAAAAACUUCGUUGUAUUUUGUGUA